UCUUCUGUGUCGGCGAGCAGCCAGCCCGUCCUUUAUAAUCUGCUGAUACUUCACUUCACACACACUUCACUCCCAUCUUUUCGCUUAUCCAAACCCACAUACGCUGUCAGACGGAGGAGGAUUUGCAUUCCAGUCCAUGGCUCUCCAGGCUGCUGCUCUGCUUCCUUCUGCUUUCUCCCCUCUCAAAGAGGCCAAGUCCAAUACGUCUCUAAGGGACUCUACUCUCUUUGGAAUCUCUUUGCCUGAUCGUGUUAAAGCUGAAUCCUCCGGUUAUUCCGUAUUGAGAAUCAAGGAUUCCAAUCAACGAGGGCUGCGUAAAUUUAAUGGGGUUGUCAAAGCUCAAGCAGUGGCCACAACUACUCCAGCAAUUAACAGGGCAGCAGCUGAAGGGAAGAAAACUCUGAGAAAGGGCAGUGUUGUGGUCACUGGCGCCUCGUCUGGAUUGGGCCUGGCCACGGCUAAAGCUCUGGCCGAAACAGGGAAAUGGCACAUAAUUAUGGCUUGCAGGGACUUCCUAAAGGCUGAAAGAGCCGCCAAGUCCGCCGGCAUUGCCAAGGAGAAUUACACUGUCAUGCACCUAGACCUUGCCUCUCUUGACAGCGUCAGACAGUUCGUCGAUAACUUCAGGCAAUCCGGCCGCCCACUCGACGUCUUGGUUUGCAAUGCAGCUGUGUAUCUGCCCACUGCCAAGGAGCCCACGUUUACAGCCGAGGGGUUUGAACUUAGUGUCGGGACCAACCAUCUCGGCCACUUCCUCCUCUCCCGAUUGAUGCUCGAGGAUUUGAAGCAAUCUGACUAUCCAUCAAAGCGCCUCAUCAUCGUGGGAUCCAUUACAGGCAACACAAACACCCUGGCCGGGAAUGUGCCUCCAAAGGCGAACCUAGGGGACCUGAGAGGGCUAGCGGGAGGAUUGAAUGCACUGAACAGCUCGGCCAUGAUCGACGGGGGAGAAUUUGACGGGGCCAAGGCAUACAAAGACAGCAAGGUGUGCAACAUGCUGAGCAUGCAAGAGUUCCACCGGCGUUACCACGAGGAAACGGGCAUCACCUUCGCAUCCCUCUACCCGGGCUGCAUUGCGACGACGGGCUUGUUCCGGGAGCAUAUCCCCUUGUUCAGGCUCCUCUUCCCACCCUUCCAGAAGUACAUCACCAAGGGCUUUGUAUCGGAGGAUGAAGCCGGAAAGCGUCUUGCCCAGGUGGUGAGUGAUCCAAGCUUGACCAAGUCAGGCGUGUACUGGAGCUGGAACAAGGACUCUGCUUCGUUUGAGAACCAAUUGUCUCACGAAGCAAGUGAUGCCGACAAAGCUCGUAAAGUAUGGGAACUAAGUGAGAAACUUGUUGGCUUGGCGGCAUAAACCUCCAUCUGAUUCUGGGCUUUGGCUCAUCAUAUCAGAUUCUUAACACAGACUCGUGCAUGGGGAUCGAUGCGAGCUGGUAGUAGUAGUAGUAGUGAGCAAUUUUCUCUUGUAACAUAGAUGAUGAUGAGCUUUCGGUGACAAUAAAUUAAAAAUCACUCACUUGUCUGUUUA